AUGGUGACUGAAGGUGUUGUUUUAGGUCACAAGGUGUCUAAGGUCGGACUGGAAGUCAAUGAUGCGAAAAUUGAUGUCAUAACCAAACUUCCUCUACCUGCAAAUGUUAAAGCAUUACGAAGUUUCUUAGGCCAUGCAGGCUUCUACAGAAGAGGUCAUUUUGGAGGACAAAGAAUUGCUGCAAAAGUUCUCCAAAGUUUUUUUCCCACCCUCUUCAAGGACGUAAGGGAGUAUAUUCUCAAGUGUGACCCUUGUCAACGCACUGAGAAUAUAUCCUCAAAGGAUGUAAUGCCUCUGAAUAAUAUACUUGAAGUUGAAUUUUUUGAUGUUGAAGCUGUGGCUUGUGCCAAGAACGAUGGGCCAAUUGUUUUAAAGUUUCUCACCAAGAAUAUUUUCACACAUUUUGGAACACCGAGGGCGUUGGUAAGUGACGAAGGUACGCAUUUUAUUAACCGUAUCAUUUCUAAAUUACUUGCUAAAUACAAUGCCAGGCACAGAAUUGCUACUGCAUAUCACCUUCAAACCAAUUGUCAAGCAGAAGUAUCCAAUCGGGAAAUAAAGGUGAUAUUGGAAAAGGUAGUCAAUGCAUCAUGGAAAGAUUGGGCACAAAGGUUAGACGAAGGACUUUGGGUCUACAGAACUGCCUACAAAACUCCAAUAGAUAUGUCUCCAUACUCUUUGGUAUUUGGAAAAACCUGUCACUUACCCUUGGAGUUGGAGUACAAAGCUUUUUUGGUAGUAAAAAAGCUAAACUUGGACCUGGAAGCCACGGGCAAACAACGCAAGCUUCAGCUUAAUGAGCUUGAUGAAUGGCGGCUGAACGCAAUACGAAAAUAG